AUGAAGAACCAGCAGCUUCCUCCCCCUCCCUCCUCCUCUCUCCCCCCCCACCUCCUCUCCCGCUUCCUCCUCGUCCUUCUCGGCGUCUCCGCCGGCAUCAUCGCCAGCUCCUACCUCGACGCCUUCCACCCCUCCUACCGCUCCUUCUUCACCGCCACCACUCCUCCUCCUUCUCCUCCUCCUCCUCCGGCAUCUGCUCGAGUGGGUCUGAGGGGAUUCCUGGAACCGGGAUCGGUAAUGCACGACAUGACGGACGAGGAGCUUCUGUGGAGGGCGUCCAUGUUGCCGCUCGCCACCGGCCGGCCGGCGCCCUUCCGGCGGGUGCCCAAGGUGGCCUUUUUGUUCCUCACGAGGGGGCCGCUGCCCUUUGCCCCCCUCUGGGAGAAGUUCUUCGCCGGCCACGACGGCCUCUAUUCCAUCUACGUCCACGCCGACCCUUCCUCCAACCAGUCAGCGCCACCGGGCUCCGUCUUCUCCGGCCGCCGGGUCCCCAGCAAGGUCAGUGGCACAACCUACCUACCUUUCUUCACCAUUUCGAAGUUCGGCUCCCUUGACCUUUCUUCCUUGGAGGAUUUCGAUCUCGGAUUGGAUCCUGAAUUUCCAAGAGGCGAGCCCUUUAAGUUCCAGGCGCCAUUCCACCUUCUCGGUGAUUAAUUUCGCGAGUUUUUCUGCCCAGAAGGAUUCGUCCUUUAUGAUCGAAGAUUUUGCCGUCUGUUCAUCCGCUGACGUUACAAUUAGCUGGCGAUGUAUGAACAGCUGGACUGAAUUUUCUCCUCCGCACUUCGUUCUAGUUGACACUCACGUAAAAAAUACAGGACACGUGUCGGGCCACCUCUCUCCGGCAACUCGCCGACUCUCUCUCUCUCUCGUCUUUGAUCCAUCAUCACUCUUUUUGUAGCAUAUAUAUAUUGUUCUCUCUCUGGGUACGCCCUACGUGGUCAGCACUGGACGGCUCGCACGUGGGGAGCAGCAGCGACGCCAAUCAUUCAAGCUCCGUAGAAGGGCAGUGGCACUCCUCGAGAUCUAGACAUCUAGAGAGAGAGAGAGAGAGGUCCGCUAGGAAUCAAUGAAUAGCACAGCACAUAAGUCGUAUAAAGCAAUAUUCUCACGUUGCGGCAACGAGCUGGCAGGCAAAUGAUCUCACUGCGGCAGUUGCCUAGACAACGUAGGGAAGGGAGAGAAAGAGAGCGAGAGAGAGAGAGAGAGAGAGAGAGAGAGAGAGAGAGAAUGACUGACUGACUAACUAACUGACUGAGGCGUUAUCGUUUGAUGUAUGUGUGUAAAGGUGGUGAAGUGGGGAGCGCUGAGCAUGCUGGAGGCGGAGCGGCGGCUGCUGGCGAACGCGUUGCUAGACUACUCCAACGAGCGGUUCGUUCUUCUCUCCGAGGCCUGCAUCCCGCUCUUCUCCUUCCCCGAAGUGUACUCCUAUCUCGUCAACUCCUCCACCACCUUCGUCGAGUCCUACGACGCCCCGGGCUCGGAGGCCCGCGGCCGCUACGACCGCCGCAUGGCCCCGACGGUGAAGCUCCGGCAAUGGCGGAAGGGCUCGCAGUGGUUCGAAGUGGACCGCCAGCUCGCCGUGGAGGUGGUCGCCGACGGCGAGUACUUCCCCGUCUUCGCCGAGUUCUGCAAGCCCUCCUGCUACGUCGACGAACACUACCUGCCGACUCUGGUGGGCCUCCGCCGGCGGCGGAACGCCGGCCGGAGCCUGACGUGGGUUGACUGGUCCGCCGGCGGGCCGCAUCCAACGAGGUUCUGGCGCCCGGCGGUGACCAACAAGCUGCUCGAGCAGAUGCGCAGCGGCGGGCGCUGCAGCUACAACGGGAGGAACACCACCAUGUGCUUCCUCUUCGCCCGGAAGUUCCUCCCCAGCGCCCUGACUAGGCUCCUCAGGUUCGCCCCUAAGGCGCUGGGAUUUGGCUAG